AUGUCCGUAACCAAAGCCUUGAUGAGCAGCAGCCUUGUUGCCGCUCUCUCCUUCGCGAUGAUGAUGACGCUGCUUGCCUCACAGGUCGUAGAAGCCAAUGAACAAGCCAUGACUGCUUCACCAAUUAUUCUCAAUUCUGGUGGGCAGACGGUUAGUGGCUCCGUUUCCUCUGGUACCUGGCAAUAUUAUGUGAUUUAUGUAGAUCCAUUGAGCUCAAUGACUGUUACUUUGAAAUCAUCCAAUCAAAUCUCUCUCUAUAUGAAGAGUAAUUCUCAACCAACAUCUUAUAAUUAUGAUUAUGUUUUAAUGUAUUCGGGCGAACAAAAAUCAAUUCUCACUCUCAAGAAUCAAACCUCUAACGUUCCAUAUUAUUUCGGAGUUUAUGGAAGAGGCUCUUUCUCAAAUUCUUUUUCUUUUGAUGUGAGUGUCACGACUGUGGAAGGCUUGGCUAAUUGGAUCAUUGGUCUUAUUGUGGCUGGUGUGAUCAUUGUGCUCGUGUGUUCAAUUUUGAGUGUGUUGAUUCCAGUACUUGUGUGUUGCGGUGUUUUGACUUGUUGUGGAUUUGGUGCUGCAGCUGCUGCCAGUUCAAGUGGUGGUAGUAGUGGUGGCGCUACUCGUUAUCAUCACGUUCACAAUAAUGUGGUCUAUACAGAUACUCAACCUAUUUUGCAACAACAACAACCUCCUCAAUAUUAUCAACAACCACAACAAUUUUAA